CCGCUGCUGUAUGAUAACCUUGACGCUUCUCGACUGAUGGGCUAGUAACAGCACAUUCUCCGCAACAUGUCGAAGAGAAAAAGAACCGCUGUUGUCGAAGACUCUGAUAGCUCAGACAGUAACUCAGACCUCGAUGCUGGCUUGAGGACUUUAGUUAAAAAGAAGACAAAGAAAGAAACAGAAUUGCAGAAUUCAUCUCAGAAAAGCGAUUCUGAUUCCGAGACAUCUGAAAGUGACGACGAUUGGACCAUGAGUGGAAAGAAAAAGAAGAAAGUUAAGAAAAAGGUACCCAAGUCCAAGUCAAAGGUCACAUCUGAUGGCGGCUCAAUCGAAAGCGAUUCCGACAAAUCAUCACCAGAAGAAGGAGAAGUGUCUGAUUCCAGUGACAAUGUCUCCAGUAAUAUAUCAAGCUCCGAUGACGACGAGCAGUUUAAUGACGGCUACGAUGAUAACUUUAUCGGGGAUGAGUCGGACAAGGCCAGGCUUGACAAGAUGACGGAGAUGGAGAGAGAACAGGAAAUAUUUAACAGAGCAGAGAAGCGUGAAGCUCUAAUGACAAGGUUUGAAAUUGAGAGAAAGUUGAAACAUGCUAAGAAAGAGAAGAAGCGGCAAAAGAAAGAGGAUAUUACCAAAAGGUUGCUCCAGUCACAGAGUGAUAGAAGUAAAGAGAGAAGGAGAACAGUAGAAGAAAAGAAAGACAAAAAGGCAAUAGCUAUCAAGAGUUUAAGAGAUGCAAGAGAAAAAAAGAAGAAAAAAACCGAGGCUCUACUUGCCAAGAAAGAACCUCUGAAAGCAAGUGAAGUUUAUUCAGAUGAUGAUGAGGAUGACGAUGAUGACGAUAAAGGUGAAGAGGAGGAGGAAGAAGAAGAUAAAGACAGCAAUAAAAGCUCCUCCCCUUCCAGUGAUGAACAGGACGUUGUUUCCUCAUCAGAUGUUGAAGAUGAGGAGGACGAGAAACAGGAUGAACCCAUAACAGAUAAGUUAGAACUUGGUAAGAUUCGACUAUCAAGGAACAAGAUGGAAAGAUGGGUACACAUGCCGUUUUUUUCUACCACAGUUGUUGGCUGCUUUGUUCGGAUAGGUAUUGGUAACCAUGAAGGAAGGCCAGUUUACAGGGUUGCUCAGAUUACAUCUGUAGUACAGACUGCUAAGAUUUAUCAACUUGGAUCGACAAAGACCAAUAAGGGUUUGAAGUUAAAAUAUGCGAACCAAGAGCGAGUAUUUCGUCUGGAGUUCAUUUCAAAUCAAGAGUUCACAGAUUCGGAAUUCCUCAAGUGGAAAGAAGAUAUGGAGAUGAGGCGGUUGCCAUUACCAUCAGUAGGUUAUGUUAAUAAAAAACUAGAGGACAUUAAGAAUGCAUUAUCAUACCACUAUAAAGAAGAGGACAUUGAACAGAUCGUAACAGAAAAAGAACGAUUCCGACGAAAUCCCAGGAAUUAUGCCAUGAAGAAGACUCAGCUAAUGAAAAAAAGAGAUAUGGCCAUGUUAGAAAGCAGAGAGAAAGAGGUGUUUGAGCUUAACCAGCGUUUGGAGGAGCUAGAAGAGAGAGCUGAGCAGCUUGAUCGAGUUAGGAAUAAAAACGUCAAUGCUGUUGCAUAUAUUAACCAACGUAAUCGUGAGCGAAACAUUGCUGAUUCUGAAAAGGCUGCCGUUGAUGAAAUCAAAGAGAUGGAGAAUGCACCUGAUGAUCCGUUUACCCGGCGUCAAUGCCGACCAACACUAGUCACCAAGACCAAGGACAUGGAGGAAGAUCCAAAAUUGUUACUUCAGAAAUUGAAAGAAGAACAGGCGAGAAGAUUGAAUGCAGAAAAGUCAGGAAACACCAGUAAUGCAGACAUGGCGGCUGACAUUAUAGCAUCGUUGACGCAAGAGGCAAACCCAGCCAGGGUCCAGGAAAGAAAAGUUUCAGAGGAUUUGUUCCAAGCCCAUGAUUUUGAAAUCAAAAUUGAUCUAGACGUUCCAGUUGUUGAAAGCAGGUCACAAUUUGCCAAGCCGCAGAGUUCAUCGGGAGAAGGAGCUCCUAGACGGUCGCUCAACCUAGCAGAAUACAAGAAAAAACGAGGAUUAAUUUGAAAGGAAGUUAAUAAUGUUAAGUGAGAAGUACUUCUGAAAGUGCGAUUAUAAAUACGUUGUAAAUGUAGUUUGUUUUGCAAUCCCUUAGACAUAUCAUUAGCCUUGUUCUGUAAGUGGGCAGUGUUUGUGAUUUUGUCAUUUUAAAAAAUUUUUCUAUUGUCUGGUUACAAUCAAACCAUUUUGCAGAAAUACCUUUUGAGGGCACUACAUCAUUCACUUUGAGGCAUGACUGGAUGUCUUAGUGUUACUGUAACUUCAGACCCCUCCCCCCACCCCACUCACCAGACACCUCAAUGUAUAUGUAUGCCACAGUGAACCAGAUGCUUCAAACAGCUACCUAGAUGAAGGAAAGUAUACAGAAAAUUUUCUAUUUUUACACAGUUGUAGUACCGUUAAAGGUCACCUUCCCAUCUCCCCCUGACUUCCCCCUCCCCUUUUUUUGAAUGAAUUGAUUUUUAUACUACUAUGUCGAAACUAGAAGAAAUCACAUAGUAACGCCAGUCUAUUCCUAAAACUUAAGUGGUUGACAUAUUUACCAAGUCUAUGUCCACAUCUAUCAAAUUUGAUGUGACAAAUUUGUGGUUCAUAUAUGGGCAUGAUGGUGUCAUAUUA